UUCACAGGGCAGACAAAGAGCGUGGGGGUGUCCCCCCUAGGGAAAGGCGGGUCUCGGCGCCGGCCACUUCAGCAGCGAAGGGCUAAGGCGGCUAUUACCCAGCCUAGGGAAAAGGGGCGGGGGAAGCAACGAGAAAGAGGCUCGUCUGUUCCGUUAUUGGCGCCUUGGCCUGUGUGCCCACUUUGAAUUUGGCGCCCUGCCUUCUGAUUGGCUUAUUUUAGCAGCCAAUAAACGCGUAAAACUUUGCCGGAUCGUGAGGCUAACCAAUCCGGGAGAGACAAUCGUCUGGGCGGCUAGCCAAUGGCAGAGCGCAGCGUCACUGUGCAGGGGGCUGGGUCUGGAUCUCUGCCGGAGACUAUAUAUAUACUAAAAAAAGAAAAAGCGGGUGCGCGUGAAGGGUCGGUUCGAGACAAGCGCGCUUCACCGCGUCACCAGGCAGCAGUUCAGGCUCUGGCGCUAGAGCCUGUGCGUAGCGCUACUUGAGCGGGUGGCUGAGCCGCGUGCUUCGCUCCCACUUUCACGCGCCAUGUCCGGCCGCGGUAAGAGCGGCGGCAAGGCCCGGGCUAAGGCUAAAUCUCGCUCAUCCCGCGCUGGCCUGCAGUUCCCAGUGGGGCGCGUGCACCGGCUGCUACGGCGCGGUCACUACGCCGAGCGAGUGGGCGCGGGCGCCCCGGUGUACCUGGCCGCCGUGCUCGAGUACCUGACGGCGGAGAUCCUAGAGCUGGCGGGUAACGCGGCGCGGGAUAACAAGAAGACGCGCAUUAUCCCGCGGCACCUGCAGCUCGCGGUGCGCAACGACGAAGAGCUCAACAAGCUGCUAGGCGGUGUCACCAUCGCGCAGGGCGGUGUCCUGCCCAACAUCCAGGCCGUGCUGCUGCCCAAGAAGGCGGGCGGCGGCGGAGCCGGGCCGGCCAAGAGCGGCAAGAAGAGCAGCAGCCAGCAAUCCCAGGAAUACUAGGGCCGGCCACGCGCCGCCGGCAGAGGCCCCCCCGGCCCUUUUCAGGGCCGCCCCCAGGCCUCAGCCGAAGGAGCUGAAGAUCCGUAGGGCUCCUGGGCGGGGAGAGCGCGAGGCCCCCCCGCCUUAAGCUGGGUUGAAGGAGCCAGACUUUCCCGCAAAGGGAGGCGGGCGCGCGCGCCCUCGCACGGUGCUGGGGGGGAGGGAGGAGAAUUACAGGCGUAACAGCCGCGGCGUGGAAGACUCCCUUGGGUUCGAGUGGGGAAGCUGCGUGGGGUCCUUCCGCCCGGCGGCCCGUUGUACGAACCGCGAGGAACCCCGCCUUAGGCCCCCUACCGCUGCGCACGUGCCUGGGGCAGCGCAUAGCUCCAGCUUUAAUAGUAAACUCAGCUGCUACCCCGAACCCUAUUGUUCUGCCCCUUCGGGUGAAGCUGCUGUGUGCAAAGCUAGUGGCAGAGGAAGCUGCCGCGGGAUCACUUUUGCUGUGCAAUGGCAUGGUCCAUCCCUGAUACCCGUUUGACUCCUGCCUGCCUACCUGAGAUGUUUCAACAUUAGCAAUGCAAAGACUCGUGCAAGCGGUAUCCACGUUUACAGCUUGAAGUGUCGCCCCAUGAGCUUUGCUGCUCCUGGAUCCUUUAAGUAACUUCAUAUGGUACUGACAGAGGACUGAAAAAAAAAAUCAGAAUGCAGCUGUAAAACUGCGCCACUGUAUGAAUUGCCUGAAAAGUGUUUUUUUUUUUUUGAGUUCAUUCUUGCUGUUUACCUGUUUUAAGUGCUCUGAAAAAUGUAUAACUACAUAUCUUGUUUUUUACGACAGAGGGCAUCUUUUGCAUCAGAUCAUGCACAACACUCCAAAACAAGGUAAACGAACAAGCUCUCAGCUUUUUGAGUGGAAGAAAGCUUUCACUUAUCUCAGCAGUUGUGUGACUUUAUUAAUGUGCUGUACAAUUUUGUCUGCAAUGUUACAACUAUUUACUAGUUUGUUUCAGCAGUGACACUAUACUUUGUUUGACCUGUUUCAACAGACAGCAUCUACAACCAGAAAGAAGCUCAGUAGGGUCACUGCAGGAUCAAACCAGAGAGAAUUCUUGUCUUAGUACUAACUUGUAGUUAACAAAACAGCAACCAUUUCUCUUUCAGCUGUGUCCUUUCAUGUGGACGCUGCUAAAUCUGUUGUAGUAGCCUUCGUAACUUCCUGUACAUCCCAGAAAAUGUAGAUAUUGUGUAAUAAAAUAUGGGGCAACCUGCUA